CUCAUCUUCUUUUUCCAUCAUUAUUAGCAACGAUUACAGCAAAAGGAGUUACAUCAGUGUGCCACAUAUCAGGUACCAUAUCGUUGCUAGUUACCCGUGAAUCUAUCAGCUUUCGCAAUUGGCUCCACCCCAAUCCUCCCGAUCUCAAGAAUCAAUGAUCAGUGGUGGACAGACGCAUACCUCUAUAGCCCACCAUACUUAAUCCGUCGACGGCGCAGAGCUUGUUGGUACACAGACUAAUGCACUAGCAUUGGCACUGCCCGACUAAUAAUUUGCUCGGAUAAUUGCAAGCAAUCCAAUCCAACCAACAGCUCGGGGAAAUUGAAUUUUACCCCAGUUUCCACUGUUUCUGUGCUGUGGUACCCCCGCCCCGCUGGUCAGGCGCCAUCAUGAGGUAGGAGCAGGAUAAUAGUAGUAUGAUUCACUCCUUUAUAUCAGACCAGGGACCUCCCCAGCUCCGUGGCUGCUUACAUUCCUUGCUCUGCCCUGCCCGGGUCUCCAUUCGUCUUCUGUCAGUGUACUGCUUCCUCUUUCUCCUUGGUACUGCGCUUCUGGGAAUCAGAAUGCAUCUUAAAUCUUAUUUGUCUGUCGCCCUCUAUGGGCUACCAGCAUUGGCUGUAGACACGGCCCCCUCAUCGUCAGCUGUAGAUCCUUUCAAAGUCUACACGAUUACUGCAGAGAACAUCACCGCUAAGUUGAUCCCAUACGGGGCGCGUCUAACUUCGUUGCUCGUGCCUGACCGCGAGGGCAACGAGCAAGACGUGGUAGUGGGCUACGAUGACCCUAAGGAUUAUUUGAAAGACACUCAGACCGAUCACACAUUCUUCGGUGCAGUUGUCGGCCGCUAUGCCAAUCGGAUCAAGAACGGCACUUUUGUAGUGGAUGGGGACAGGUACGAAGUCCCCAAGAGCGAAAACAACGGCACCGACACCCUCCACGGAGGCGAUGUCGGUUAUGAUCAGCGCAACUGGACUGUCACUGCUCAGUCCGAUUCCUCCAUCACCUUUACUCUACUUGACCGCGGAUUGGAGGACUUCCCUGGAGACGUCAUCACUCACGCCACAUACAGCGUCGAUUCUGAUGCCACUCCUGAGAACCCCCAGGGUCUGCCCCAGUUAACCACUAAGUUGGUAUCUUUGGCCUUGACAGAGGCAACUCCCAUUAUGAUAUCCAAUCAUAUCUACUGGAAUCUCAAUGCAUUUAAGGAGGCCAAUGUCCUGAACGACACUUUCCUCCAACUGCCGCUGUCUAGGCGUCUCAUCGGCACUGACGGCAUCUUGAUUCCCAAUGGAACCAUCCUGGGUGUCGACUCGUACAAAGGAGCCGCAGACUUCGCCACUGGAAAACUUGUGGGCAAGGACAUUGACAAAGCAGCAGGAUUGUGUGGCACCGGCUGCACGGGCUAUGACAACUGUUUCAUUGUGGAUCGAGACAACUCAUACGGCUCGGGCAAUUCCAUGGUUCCCAUUCUCCGUAUGAAUUCCAGCACAACCGGCAUCAGUCUCGAAGUGGCUACGAACCAGCAGGCUGUUCAGAUCUACUCUUGUAACGGCCAGAAGGGUAACAUUCCUAUCAAGCCAUCCCAGGCCAAGCGCAACAAGGAAGAGGGUAUCGAAGGUGCAAAGAACGUCAAUAAGUAUGGGUGCAUUGUCAUCGAACCCGAAGGCUGGAUCGAUGGCAUCAACAACCCUGCUUGGGGCCAACUGUCAGACCAGGUUUAUUCCCCCUCCGGAGCUCCAGCAGUCAACUGGGCUACGUAUAAAUUUGGCAAGGUCUGAAGUAGGUACUGUGCAAAUCUUUAGUUAUCUAAUGAUCUAGUAGCUUUAAUCUUGGACAGUUUUAACCCAUCGUUGUAUAUACAUUAUACUACAGUCGAGUAAAUAAUGUGAUUAGUUCUUGAUUGA